AUGGGCGGCUCCAUUUCAGUUGCCUCCUGCGUGGGCUUACUCCCAUCAGGAUUGCUCAGUUCAAUUGUAUCUGUGGUGCUAUGGUACUUUGCUGUGUAUCUCAGAUCUCCGCUGCGCAAGUUCCCGGGUCCUUUUCUUGCAGAUUUGGACAUCCCAGAGCUAGUGAAGACCAUAUACAACACCAAGGGGAACUGGAAAAAGACAGAAUUCUAUCAUGGAAGUAGCGCAAAGGUAGAUGCCAAAAUCAUCUAUAACUUAUUUAGCCAGACGGAUCCUGUGGCUCAUGCGCGAGAAAAACGGCCGAUCGCGAAAUACUAUUCGAUGAACGGUGUUCUGUCUUUAGAACCGCAUAUCGACAAGAUGAUCGGCUACUUGUGCAAGAAACUUGAGGAAGAAUUUAUCGACAAACCCGAGGCUGAGAAGAGCUGCGAUUUAGGUCAAUGGUUGUUGUUCUACACUUGGGAUGUUGUUGGCAAUGCCACAUUCAGUCAGUCCAUUGGUUAUCUAGAAAAUGGCUACGACUUUGACAACACUAUUGCGAUUUCCGAUAAAGCGAUGGAGUAUUUCUCACUUGUAGGACAGUACCCGAUCCUGGGUCGCCUGCUGGACAAAAACCCAGUUUACCGCAUUGGUCCACCAGGAUUUGGAAAUAUCACCAAUAUUUGCGUUCAACACCUGAUCGAUCGGUUGCAGGGUAACGAUGCAGCCCACCAUGAUCCUAGCAGGCCUCGCUUCCUCGACAGAUUCAUUGAGGCCAAAUCGACCAAUGGAGACUUUGUCAAUGACGGACAGAUCAUCUCUUAUUUAAUGAUCAACAUGAUUGCCGGGGCAGAUACGACUGCUGUCACUCCUAGAGCUGAAGAACUUCCUGUCCAACAACCCAAAUCAUCUCCAAUAUCCUUCAAGCAUGCGUAUGGCCUUUCAUAUCUCAACGCGGUAGUCCGUGAAGUUAUGCGCCUCCAUCCAAGCGUUACCAUGAUCUUGGAGCGAUAUGUUCCUCAAGGCGGUCUUUCUCUCCCAGGAGGCGGAUUUAUUCAGCAGGGAUACAUCACGGGCAUGAACCCGGAUACAGAACGGGAGACCGAAGACGAAUUCCAGCAACGCCUUACGUUGAUGAACAAUUGCGAUCUUGUGUUCGGAGCUGGUAGCCGGGUAUAUAUUGGCAAGAAUUUGGCGCUCUUGGAAGUGUAUAAGGUGGUGGGCACGCUGAUUUCGCGGUAUGAUGUGGAAUUGGUAUAUCCUGAUCAGGAGUGGAAGACGCAUAACAGCUUCUUCCUCGGACAGGAGGGUGUUGAGGUCAAGCUUUCUCGGAGGUGGAAGUAA